AUGGAUCAGCACUUCACGCCCAUUCCAGCUACCGAUAAACCAUCAUUCGGGAUCGGUGCGCAGCCGCCCCCGAGGGCCCGGCGUUCAGCAAUACCAAAGAAACAGAGAGGAGAAAACAAAAUGCAGGCGGACAUCGCGGUGCUGGGGACGCCUGCGGAGGAGCAAGGAGGCGGCAAAAUAGACCUGAUAAACGCCGGGGCGUUUGAGGGCCUGGACGUGGUUUUUAUGGCGCACCCCUCGCAGGAGAACGCGGCUUACCUGCCCGAUGUGGCCGAGCACGAUGUGACUGUGAAAUACUAUGGAAAAGCUUCUCAUGCUGCUGCUUAUCCUUGGGAAGGAGUUAAUGCAUUAGAUGCUGCUGUUCUUGCAUACAACAAUCUGUCUGUUUUAAGACAGCAAAUGAAACCGACCUGGAGAGUUCAUGGUGUAAUAAAAAAUGGUGGUGUGAAGCCUAACAUCAUUCCUUCUUACACUGAACUAGAGUUUUACUUGCGUGCUCCUUCAAUGAAAGAUCUUUCUGUUCUGACAGAGAAGGUUGAGAACUGCUUCAAAUCUGCAGCACUGGCCACAGGAUGCAAAGUGGAAAUAAAAGGUGGUGAAAAUGAUUACUACAAUGUGCUUCCGAAUAGGAGCCUGCAGAAAGUCUACAAGGAGAAUGGAAAGAAGCUUGGGAUGGAGUUUAUAUCAGAAGACAGUGUCCUGAAUGGCUUGUCAGGUUCUACGGACUUUGGAAAUGUUACAUUUGUUGUCCCCGGGCUUCAUCCUUAUUUUUAUAUUGGCUCUGAUGCACUGAAUCAUACUGAGCAGUACACAGAAGCUGCGGGGUCACAGGAUGCUCAGUUCUAUGCUUUGCGCACAGCAAAAGCUUUGGCCAUGACAGCACUGGAUGUCAUUUUCAAGCAAAGUCUGCUAGAAGAAGUCAGAGAAGACUUCAGACAGGUGAAGCUGAAAGAAGAGGGACAAAUAAAUCCAGUAGAACUUAACGAAGAAUCUGGCAUUGGUGUAGGAGCAUGUCCAUCGCACUAAACUUUAUUAAACCUCUCUCAGUAGGAUUGGCUUAAUGGAGAUGCUGUACUGAAAUCCCAGAGGGGGUGGAUGAACACAUAGCUGAAAAAAUGUUGACUUUUUUUGGACUUUGAGAAGCAAAUAGUACAAUUGCUUUUGAAAAGUGCAAUUUCAUCUACCUGUAAUGUUUGCUGUAUUCAAUAUCGUGAUGAAUUUCAGAAAGAGAGCUCACAUGUGUUGUCUUUACAUGGCAGUCUUGAAUAAAUGAUAGUGUUUAGAUCCCUUGUCGGUGAUUUUCUAUAUAUUGCUCCAGUAAUAUUCCUUACAGGGGAAUGUGGCAUUUACAUGGAAAUUUGUUCUAGAAUAAACACUGUUCACUCGGUGAUCUGUGAAUCUGAUCUAUGAAGUGUUUCUCUCUGGCCUGUCACUUUUUCUUGGGACAAGACAGAGGCUUAAAACGUGAGCAGGUUUGACUGGAGAGAAGGGUGUAUGUUUGGUGUAUGCCUGGUUUUGACAAGAGUAGCUUCUAGCAAUGGAGGAUAACUUCCUAUGGAAAUGUGACCUGUAAAGGUUGAUUGGCCUGACAGGCAUUGACUUCCCUCCUAAUAAAUUUUGGAAGUGUUUGUUGUGGAGAAGUCAUUGAUCAGGAAGCCACUUAACGUUUAUUUGUUUAAAUUAAUACUUUUAAACUACUGUGGGGGAAAAUGCCUGUGCACCUUUAAGUUCUCCUCUAAGGCGAUACAAGUGUCCACACAAGGUGUUGCACUAGCUUAACUGAUCUGAAGGAUGUGUAUAAAUUGAGCUAAACCAGUGGAAAUCUUUUUCACAAAGAGGUGAGCGUGGUACCAUGAAGCAGUAAACGAAGGUAACCUUAAACCAGUUGUGUGCAAACCCCUGCAGUAAGCUCCGAGAAGCUUUCAGUGAGGAUUGCUUGUGCAGUAGCUGGCUUCUCAAACCUGUUUGUUCCUGUACCCUGAGCAGCAGAUCUGGUAAGUCUUGCCAGCUGUCCUUUCGGUGUGCCGUCUGCUUAGUCUGUUUAAUCCUUGUUAUUUUGCUUCCCAGAGAUGCUAAUGUUGCAAACUUUAUCUAGGUGGUGGUCUGUGUCUCCAAACCUGUUACGAAUUUUUUUAAUUUGCUUGUUAAAGGACCAUGUGAGUACACAGAGAAGGAACUAAUCUUUUGUUUGGCUACAAAUUGCUGAGUCAGUGGACAGAUGGAGUGAAAAAGCAGCUUACUGGUUAAUGUUUUCCUAAGCAUAGGUAUUAUAGUAAGCUCCUGAAAAGAAGUCAGGCAAA